AUGGCGACAGGUCCUCCUCCUGAUCAAGAUGAGUUAAUUCCAUUGGAUGCACCAAAGACAGGAACUGAGGCGAAGGUUUCCUGCUACUGUCCAAAUUGCCAAGAGAACCAUGUCGCUAGGACUCGACUUCUGCCCACCCACAUUCCCUUUUUUCGAAAAGUCACAGUUCUUCAUUUGACCUGUUCCAAUUGUCACUACGAAAACAGACAAGUUUCCUUUGGAGGAACCAUUUCAGAGUGUGGACAAACACUAUCGCUGCGAGUUGGCCAAGCUGCUGAUUUGGAACGACAAGUCGUCCAAUCCGACACUGCCACCCUCUCCAUUCCACAAUGGCAGUUGGAAAUUCCAUCCCAGCAAGGGACCGUCACGACUCUGCAAGGUGUCUUACAACGAGUCGCCUCCAAUCUACGAGCCCAGCAACCGGAACGAUUAAAAUUGGGAGACCUGGACAAUUUUCGCAGAUGUCAAACUGUCAUUGAUCAAGUAGAGAUCUAUGUCGUCAAUGACAAUGUCGAAGACGAGGCGGUUGCUGACCAUGGAGAAAAUGGCAACACUACAAAAUUACUAGAGACAAAUUCGCCAUUCAUCCCCUUUGACCUCAUUUUGGAUGAUCCUGCUGGAAAUUCGUUCAUUGAAAGCCUUCCAGCUCCCAACCAAGAUCCCAAAUUGACAGUACAAACAUACAGGAGAACGCCCUCACAAGACUUGGCGAUAGGGUUACAACCAGAAAAAGCUCCCUCGGAAGCUGCUACCAUCGACGACGACAACAACCCUCACCACAAAAAUACUAUACUCAAUGAUGCCGGACAUGCAAUGGAUGACGAGACGAACCAAGUGGACAAUCAGCAGCAGGGGCAACCACCACAAGUCAUGACGUUUCAGACCGGUGCUUGUCCCAAUUGUCAACAAUCAGCGCGAACCAACAUGUGUCAAAUCCAUAUCCCGCACUUCAAGCAAGUCAUUCUCAUGAACCUACUUUGUGAUACAUGUGGCUAUCGCAACAAUGAAAUUAAAGUUGGUGGGGAAAUUUGCAAGCAUGGGACCAAACUAUCCUUGGCCAUACGUUCGGAAGAAGACUUGAAACGAGAAGUAAUCCUCGCGGAUACCGCCAGUAUUGUCAUUCCCGAGAUCCAGCUGGAAGGAGGAGGGGGGAUGGGAGGCAUCUACACAACCGUGGAGGGGCUCCUGAAGCGACUCUUGCAACAGCUGACCGUCGCCAAUCCAUUUGCCACUGGCGAUGCCGUUACACAGCAUCAUUGCAAUAGUGAGGGUACUUUGCAUAUCCAAAAAUACAACAAAUUCUUGGCUGCGUUGCGGGAUAUAAGUCAAGCCAAAGUUGACGUGCUGCCAGUGACACUGGUUUUGGAUGAUCCACUAUCCAAUUCAUUCAUAGGAACCAUUCGCCAGAAAAGAGAAGACGAAAAUUUGAAAAUAGAGACGUAUCCACGCUCUUGGGAACAAAACGAGGCUCUAGGGUUGAAUGACAUGGCAACAGAGAACUACUCUUUAUCCAGCAAAACCAACUACGGUUCCGAUCAACCAAUUGACAAGGACGUGGGGCAAUCUUUUUCACUCGUCCCUCGAGGUCCAGACCAUCCGCAUCGAACAGGAAAGCCACAUGUGGACAAUGACAAUACCACCUUUGGGGGUGACCUUGGAACGAAACCUUCUUGGUGA